AUCAGUAACCAUCAGUAACCAAGAUUAGAGCACUGGCUGCGUUCGAUACAGUUUUGCUCGCAGUCGUUGGCUUCUGUAAAAGCCGUUACAAAAAUGGAUCAAAAUUCUCAAGAUAAUUCAAACACGAAUGAUUUCUGUUGUACUUCUCUCACAGAAGAUACAUUAAUUGUCUCAAGUGAUGUUAAGUUUAAUAAUGGUCCAUUGGAAGAGAUAAAAAAGCCAAUAAAACGUAAACAUUCCAGCAAAAUUGAGAUUAAAAAGCAACAAUUAGAGGAAUAUAAUAUUGCAGCAAACGAGCAAAGAUACAAACAAUUGAUACAUUUGUUGAACAAAAGUAAAUUUUACUCGUCCUAUUUGAUAAAUAAGAUUGAAGGUGAUAAAGAUAAAAAUAAAAAUGAAAGGGCUCACAAAAAGAAGCGUCAUGAAUAUGUUUCACAGAAUUAUUUUACCACUGAAAAUGAUGAAAAUAUAUCACCAAAAAAAAAGACAAGAAAAAUUCGUGGAAGAAAAUAUAAUGUACAAGAAUAUGUAUCUACAGAGAUAACAAGACAAGUAAAGGCCAGAAGAGAAAAAAAGAAUUUGAGCAUAGAAGAGAUAGAAGAAGAAUUAUCCGCGAGUUCAGACAAUGAACAGAACUUCAAACCGGAAUCUAAAACAAACGUCAGCAGCAUUGCUAUUGUACCGACAUUACCAAAAUAUUUUUGUGGUAAUUUGUAUGAUUAUCAAUUAAAGGGUUUAGAAUGGUUAAAGCUACUUUUUGAAAACGGUCUGAAUGGAAUCUUGGCUGAUGAAAUGGGCCUUGGAAAAACAAUACAAACGAUAGCUUUAAUAUGUCAUCUUAUGGAGAAGAAACAAGUAGGGCCUUAUUUAAUAAUUGCACCUCUUUCUACUAUACCAAAUUGGAUCAUGGAAUUUGAAAAAUUCGCUCCCACCAUACCAGUCAUUUUAUUCUAUGGCACAAGACAAGAAAGAGACGUUCUACGUAUAAAAAUUGAACAUACAUAUCAUGUCGAAGAUGAUUAUAAGACAAAGCCUGUUGUACUGACUACGUACGAAACAAUAUUAUAUGAAAGUAAAUUUUUUCGAUCUCUAACAUGGAAAUAUAUUGUAAUAGAUGAAGGACAAAGAAUAAAAAAUUGUAAAUGUAAAUUGGUCAAGGUGUUACAUAGUAUUCGAUCCAUGAACAGACUAAUAUUAACUGGGACUCCACUUCAAAAUAAUUUAUCCGAGUUAUGGGCUCUUUUGAAUUUUCUAUUACCAGAAAUCUUUGAUGAUUUGGAUACGUUUGAAUCGUGGUUUAACGUUGAUGAACUUCAACAUCAACAUGGCACUGAAAAACUUUUGAAACAGGAAGAAGAGAAACAUGUAUUGUCGUCGUUGCGUGAAAUUUUAAAACCAUUUAUGUUAAGACGAGUAAAAUCCGAAGUUUGUUUAGAAAUUCCUCCUAAGAAAGAAUUAAUUGUUUAUGCGCCACUCACGGAAUUGCAACACGAUUUAUACAAGGCAGUAUUAAAUCACGAUAUAGAAAUGCUGAGUAAAAUUGAAAAACCGAAUCUGAUUAUACCAACCGUAAAUGGUGAAAGACCGAAAAGACAGUGUUUUAUGAGAAGUCCGUACGGAUCUAAAACGAACAAGGAUACAGUAUUGAACAGUUUGGUACAAACAAAUGAUAAUAUUGAACAGAAAUCUACAAACAAUUUAUCGAAAUGGAAACAAUACACUGAUGUCACAGAACGUAAAAGAGAGUUUUCUGUCAAUAUUUCGAGUCAUUAUAGACUUCCAAUGUAUAAAAAGAUCGUGAAUCAUCCAUACUUGGUUCACUACCCGCUGGAUCCAACUGGUUUACCAAAAAUCGAUGAUGAUUUAAUUAAAUCCUCCGGUAAACUUUUAGUGUUAGACGCAAUGCUGACAAAACUAAAACUGCAAGGGCACAAAAUUUUAUUAUUUUCGACAAUGACUAUGAUCUUAGAUAUGAUUGAAGAUUAUCUUAUGUUACGAAAUUAUAAUUAUGUGAGAUUAGAUGGUCAUACUGAGAUUGAAAAACGAAAACAAAAUAUUAGUACUUUUAAUAACGAUCCUGAUAUGUUCUUAUUUCUUAUAUCAAUUAGAGCUGGUGGAGUUGGUUUAAAUUUAAUGGGUGCUGAUACCGUUAUUAUAUAUGACAGUGAUUGGAAUCCACAAGUGGACAUACAAGCUAUGGCUCGAUGUCAUAGGAUAGGGCAAACAAAACCCGUCGUUAUCUACAAGCUGUGCACUAAAGGAACAGUUGAUGAAGCAAUUAUGAAACGAGCCGACACUAAACGUAUGUUAGAGAAAAUAGUUAUGUCAAAAGAACUAAGUUUUGAUAGAAAUAUGCUAUUCGAUUUGAAAAGUCUAAUGGAAUCCAAAGAAUACAAAAUUAUUACAUCUGAAAAAGAAGGCAGAUUGGCUACAACACGGGUAUCUUCCUAAUGGAAACGGCAUAGGUCUCUGUUGCUCAUUUACGAAGAAUUGUGCAAGUUCUGGAUGAUAACUGCACCAACU